UUCCCAUCAUGCUUUGUACUGAAGAAAGAGGAAGUGUUGCUCAAAUGUGCGCUUAUUCAAAACUUCCAAACAAACCAUGAACCUGCGAAUUAAUUUUUCACUGGCUUAAUACUUCAGAACACUUUAGCGUUGAUUAGGCUGUUUGCUGAAGGAAUAAUAAUGGAGAAAAAUGACAGUUGCUCCGAGGAUGGAGACAGUUGUGGAUCCUCCGCUGCAGGCUCUCCAGAGAUGGACCGCAACCCGUCGCCUCCACCGGUGGAAGAUGAAGCUGAGGCUGGUGAAGAGGCGGAUGCCAUCGGGGAAACGGUAUACAGCAAACACUGGCUCUUCAGCACCCUGACCCACCUUAUUCAGAUGAUGACAGAUGAAAAAUGUGGACAGAGUGAUGCUUCCGUGGAGUUGACAGAUGAGCUGGAAGAGGACCUGUGUAAAGUGUGGGACAUGGCUAUGGAUAAGGAUGUGUCCAUUUUUCUUCAAGAGUUCAAGGCUCCAGACAUCUUACUGGGUGUUAUUGCAAAGUCACACAACCCAAGGCUCACUGAAAUCUGUGUUGGAAUUCUGGGUAAUAUGGCCUGUUUCCAUGACGCGUGUGUAUCUCUUAGCCAGAACUCUGACCUAGGUGCUGUGUUACUUUUGCUGCUUGGGGACAAUGAUCCACCUACACUCUUAGAAACCAGCAGGCUCCUGCUAACCUGCGUCUCUCAGCCCGACGUCGCCCACCUCUGGCUAGAGAGGAUACAGCAGCAACCGGCAGUGUGCAGCAGUCUCUGUUUCAUAAUGAGCAGCUCCACAAAUGUGGAUUUGCUGUUUAAGGUUGGGGAGCUGGUGGAUAAGCUCUUUGAUGAGGAUGAGGAGUUAAUGAAGAGUUGGGUGUCUACACCACCCAGCGAGAGUGACCCAAACAAGGACGCACAGCAGGGUAUCACGUCUUCUCUGCUGGAGGCUGCUACACAGCUUAGGUCAGAGAGUCCAGAGGCUCUUGAAGUGUAUCUUCAUUCCCUCCAGCUUCUUACUACGGUAGAAGAGGGCAUGCAAUCUCUUGUAUCAGAUGGAGCAUGUGGUCAUGCGGUGUGGGCAUUUGUAUGUAAGGUCGUAUGUGAGGAUUUAUGUCAACCGGACGACCCUCCUCUCAUCCUGCAGGAACAAAAAGCUCUUCUGGCUCCAGCGAUCGCCCUGCUGUCUGUGUUACACUCCAGCCUUCAGUCAGAUAUCAGUGUAGAAUUAGUGGUGAGUAUCCUUCGUAUUCUGCAGUUCUAUGUUGAGUACCGUCAGAGCCGAACAGGUGGAAACCCGGAUUCAGAAGAGAGUCAGAAGGACGAGAAGGAGGAAACAGAUGUACAGCUCAAAGCUUUAGUCGAAACUACAGCUGACUUCCUCUCAGUUCUAAUAAUGGACCUAAAUAAGGACAUUUUAUCAUCAUUAGUCAAAGAAGGACAUUUGACAGAAAAGAGCUGUGUUUCUGCGGUUAGCACCCUUUUACCGCAACACAUCUCAGCGGUGCAGCACCUGGUCGGCCUGUUGUCUGAAGUGGAACCUAAACUGGCAGACAUUAUAAAGAAGGACAUUUCCAUUUCGUCCAAAAUGUGAAGCUGAACUAGGCUGAAUACAGUGAACUGAACGGUUCUCAUUGAAUUUGUUCACCACCUUAAACCGAAUAGGCUUCGACAUUCUUUUCAUCUUGUGAACUUUAAAACCGCCAUUUGACUUAACUGUUUCUGGAAAAGAAAAUGUAGUUUUUAUUGUACAUGCUUCUGUUUGUGUUUGUAAACACUGACAUUUCUAUUGCGUAAACUGUUUUGUCAUCUUU